GGGGAAGCUCGGGCCCUUGGGGGCCGAUUUCCUGCUGUCACGGCUGUGGGAGGACCACGAGAACCACGAGUCUCCUCCCAGGGCUGGACCGGGGCCAACAUCCCAGUUCCCAGCCUGCCGUGCUGCCCGGAGCGGGAGCGGGGUGCACACAGCACCGGGGGGCUCCGAGCCCCUGGAUCCCCACCCUGCUCGGCUCCGGGGUACACCAUGGUGGAGGUGACGGUGACGCCGCAGUCCUCGCUGGCCGACCGGCCGGUGCAGAUCCGUGUGCGGGGACUGUCCCCAUCCCAGCUGGUCACGCUCCGGGCCUGGCUGAAGGACGAGCAGGGCGAGUGCUUCCAAUCCCGUGCCUUUUUCCGCGCCGAUGGAGCGGGAGAGGUGGAUCCCGGGCUCCACGCCGCCCUGGGGGGCAGCUACUCCGGGCUCUGGCCCAUGGGGCUCCUGUGGUUCCUGCAGCCCGACUCGCUGUUCCGGCGGCUGGUGAAGCGGGAUGUGGCUGGCAGCCCCUUCCGCGUGCGGCUGGAGGUGUGGGACGGGCUCAGCCUGGGCACGGAUCCGCGGGAGCAGCCGCUGGCAUCCUGCGAGGCCGAGCGCUGGUACGUGGGCCCCGGAGUGCAGCGGGUGCCCAUCCGCGAGGGAAGGGUCCGUGGCGCCCUGUUCCUGCCUCCUGGUCCGGGCCCCUUUCCCGGAGUCAUCGACCUGUUUGGGGGUGCGGGGGGCCUGAUUGAGUUCCGGGCAGGGCUCUUGGCCAGCCGGGGCUUUGCCGUGCUGGCCCUCGCCUUCUUCGCCUACGACGACCUGCCCCGAGUCCUGGCCCAGCUGGACCUGGAAUAUUUCGAGGAAGCGGCUGAGCUGCUCCUCCGGCAUCCCAAGGUCCGAGGCCCUGGCCUGGGUGUGGUGGGCGUCUCCAAAGGCGCGGAGGUGGCCUUGGCCAUGGCCACCUUCCUGCCACAGGUGGCGGCCACGGUGUGGAUCAACGGCACAAGCUUCCUGUACGGAAACCCGCUGCUCUACAAGGAGCUGCGCAUCCCUGCCAUCCCCUACCACACCGAGCGCGUCCUGUUCACCGAGGUGGGAGCCAUGGACAACUCGGCCAUCUUCGACGACCCCCGGGACGCCGCGCACCGCGCCUCGGCCAUCCCGGUGGAGAGGAUCCGGGGCAAGGUGCUGUUUGUGGUGGGGGAGGCCGACCGCAGCUUCAACAGCAAGCUCUUCGCCGAGCUGGCCCUGGCGCGGAUGCCGCCGGAGAGCGGCCGGGUGCUGUCCUACCCCGGCGCCGGGCACCUCAUCGAGCCCCCCGGGUCCCCCCUGUGCAGCAACUCCGCCAUCCGUGGCACCCCCAAACCCGUGGCCUGGGGGGGAGAGCUCCAGCCCCACGCCCGGGCGCAGGAACAUUCCUGGCAGGAGAUCCUGCAGUUCUUGGAGCUCCAUCUGGGCUCGGUUGCCGCCAUGAAGCUGUGA